AGAUUCUGCGGGUCUGUAUUUCAACCUUUCCCCUAAAUCAGAGCUGUUAGAAUAAAACAAGAAUGGCAGAACAAACUCACUGAAAUAAAUAAUGGAGGUAUAAGGAGUUAUACCUCCAUGAAAUAAAUACAUUCUGAGUAUGUCAUCUCUGCACGAAGCAUUUGCAGCGUACAUCGUUGACCCAGUACACGUCAAUCAUGUCUGCUAUUGAAAGUUGACAACUUGUGUUCGGAUUGAUUGGGGGUUAGGUUUAACCCCAGGAAUGUUUGUAGUGUGUGGUGUUGUAGUUUUGUGUGAGAUUUGAGAUGUUAUGUCCAUUGUAGUGUGAAUUUGAGUGUAAAUAUGGCCAGUCCUAGAACCCGCAGAGUUCUAUCUGAACUGAAACCGAUUGACGAGAAUUCGAAAUGUUUUGAGUGUGGGACUCACAAUCCACAAUGGGCCUCUGUGACAUAUGGAAUAUGGAUUUGUUUAGAAUGCUCUGGGAAACACAGAGGACUGGGAGUACAUCUGUCAUUUGUGCGGUCCAUUAGUAUGGAUAAGUGGAAGGAUAUUGAACUUGAAAAAAUGAAGGUUGGCGGCAAUCGAAGAGCAAGAGAAUUUUUUGAAUCACAACCAGACUGGGAUGACAGCAUGUCAAUCCAAAGACGGUACAAUACGAAGGCAGCUGCUCUUUACAGAGACAAAAUUGCAACUCUUGCACAAGGAAAGUCGUGGGACCCAAAUACAUCUUCUGCUCAGAAGCAAGCAUCACCAACAAAAUAUAGUAAUUCGUAUGAGUCUGGAGACUGUGGUGGUAGUUACCAAAACAUGACAGCUGCAUCAGUGUAUGACCAAAAGGAAGCAUUUUUUUCUCGUAUUCAGAAUGAAAAUGCACAAAGGCCAGAUGGCGUACCUCCAAACCAAGGUGGGCGGUACUCGGGAUUUGGAUACACUAUGGAGACACCUCCUCGUAGUAGCUCUCAAGAAUUCUUUGAUACUGCAGUUUCCUCUCUUGCAAGUGGAUGGUCAGUAUUUUCAUCUUCUGCAAGCAAGAUUGCAAGUAAAGCAACGGAGGGAGCCAUCAAGAUUGGAGGGAUUGCAUCUCAGAAGGUAGCUGAAAUUAGUGUUUCUGUUGGUGAAAAGGUAAAGGAAGGCAAGCUGCUUGAAGAUGUUAGCUCUCAGGUGUCAAAUCUAGCAACAAAGGUAGGAGAUCUGGGCCGCCGUGGUUGGAAGGAUAUAGCAGGAACAAACAUACCAGCCCCACAGAAUGAAUCUAGCCCAGAACCAUCCACGGAGAAGUCUUCCUUACUAAUUGAGGGCAGCAAUUUGCUUAGGAAUAACCAGUCAAGAAAUGUUGCAUCUGGAUUGCUAUCUGAACAGGAGACACAGUCUUCCGAAAAUACAGAGCCUGACGACUGGGGGUGGAGUUCAGAGAAGGCACAGCUUUCAAAGAGCCCAGCCAGCUCCAAGUCAUCAAAUGACUGGGGAAACUGGAGCCCAGUGAAGGAGCAGACGCCAACGCCAUCACCCUCACAGACCAGUAAUGGAACGUCCUCUCGCAAGACUAAGAAGAAAUCUGGAGCAAAAGAAGGUCUCCUCAUUGACUUUGCUGAAGAUAAAAAUGGAAAUGAUUGGAAUUCAAAAUGGGAUGAUGAUGCAUGGGAAAUGUUAAACAAAAAGGAUUAAAUACCAUAAAAUGGCAUUUAGAUGAUUUUCAGAUAUUGUAAACUUGUUUGAUAGAACUGCUGUGUGAUUCAGUGGUCCGUGACAGUUAACAUUCUAUUCUUGAUGGUGUAAAUUGGCCAUACUUCGGAGUUCUUGCACAUAAUGACAAUAGGCAUUCUUUUAAUGCCAUCGGCAGUGAUAGCCUUCCUGUUAAAAUUUAUUAUCUUACAGCAGAACCAAAACUUUCAUAGGUAGAAAUCAUUGACACUGCUAAACUUGAAGGGCCAUUAAUUUUUAUUUUCGAAUGUGUAGAUUACAUAAACUUGUGUUGUGCACAAAUGUCAGUUAUCUUUUAAACUGGUUUUAAAUUUAUUGUAUAUGUAUCAUGUCUGUUGUUUUCAAGAUGAUUUAUCAAGAGUAUUGUAAUCUUGUAAUGGUAUUUCAUCAAUGCAUGUUUAUUCAGAAUAAGUAUUUUUUUAUGAAUCUUGGUGCUUAUUUUUCCUUAUUUAUCUUAAGUUUAGAGUGUCUGAAUACAGACCAUUGCCACCUCCCUGUGUUUGUGUGUGUAUGAGUGAGUGAGUGAGUGAGUGAGAUUUGAAACUGCCUUAACUUCUGUGAAAAGUACUACAUUUCAACUUUGUUUUAUGAUUUUUAUGACAGUACUGUUUGUAGACCUGAGCUGCUGUGUUAUCUAACAUUACAUUUUGAUCCAAACUGAAAUUGCUUUCAAUUUUGGAUUUACUGUUUGUUGAAGUAUUUCUUCAAUGAGAGUUCUGGAAGAAGAAUGGUGUGGUAGUGUAUAAUAUGCAUUUCAGGAAAUUCAGCUCCACACGUUCUUCAGUGACCAAAGUUCACGUUGAGGAAAUGGGAAUUCUUAGUACUUUCCCUUGAAUAAAAUAUGUAAGAAAACACCAACUGAGCUUUUAUUUGCCAUUUGUAAUUCUAGUCAUCAGUUUCACUCACUACUGUGGAUAACAACUGUUACUGGUUGACAAGCAAUGUACAUCUGUGUUUACAAAUGUGAGACUGCAACAUGAUUCAGGAGUCUGUUGUAACUUCUCUUUGUUCCAAUUGAAAGAUGAAAUUAAACUAAAUUUACAAA